AUGGGCAGCGCCGUUCCUGAGCACGGGUGGCCCCACCCCGGCCCGCACUUACCACGGAAGCAAGGGGCCCUCAGGAAGGUGGUGGGCCCCCACUCAGGCCUGGAGCAGCACCUGCUCCCGCCAGCCAGACGGGACAACCUCGUGACCCCAGGAGCUGCGCCAAGCAGACGGAAGGUCUUAUCUCAGCUGGGGGUGAUGGGUCCAGGACGAACUCCGCCCUGGGUCGGCUGCACGCAGACCCGGGAGGGCCACAGUGUCUGCCGACGGCUGUCCGGGAGCGAAGGCAAACCAACAGCUCAAGUGUCCCUGCCAGAAGACGUCUGGCAACCAAGCGUCAGCACGCCCCUGACGAGGAAGCUGGCGCGGCUGCGGCUCCACUUGGCCGAGGCGUCCCUGGACCUGCUGCAGCUCACGUGGGCGGAGGCGCAGGCCCGGCGGCGGGGGCAGGGCUCGGCGGACAGGCUGCUGGCCGACUACCUGCACAGCCUGAGCGACGUCACCUCCGUGGACCUGAAGUGGUUCACGCUACGGCGGACCCUAGCCCAUGCGGCGCUGGCGCAGCUGGGGAGCCUGCACUCACUGUCCGCCGGCUGCGUGCAGAUCCGGGCGCAGGUCCUGGGCCUGGCGGGGAAGGCCCUCCGCCUGCUGGCUGUGCACACGGACCCCGAGCGCCCCACCUGCCACUGGGAGGACGGCCCGUCGGCCACUGCUGAGCUGAACGGCCUUAAGCAUCUGGAGACCGUCCCCGAGGAUGGGGCCGGCAGGGGUCACUACGAGGAGCACAGCAGGAAGGGCUCAGACCAGCAGAGGAGGAUGGUGCUGGCCCAGCAGUUCCUGGCCCAGGCCUCCGAGCUGCUGCUGCAGGGCCUGCAGGUCGCCCUGGCCAGCCGUCUCCUGGAUGUUGCCGCUGCCGCCAGCCUGGAGAUGGUGGAGUGUACCGGCACCCUGGACCCCGCGGCCACCUGCCAGUUCCUGGCGCUGUCUCAGAGCUGCUUGGCUUCAGAGAUGAUGCGGGACGUCCUGUCCACGGCCACGGCCAAUACCAGCAGCUCGCAGCUGGCAGCCCUCCUGCAUCUCGAGCACCAGCUGAAGCAGAAGGGGAGGACGUCCACCAGCUUGUAUGCGAGUGUGGAGCAGAGGCUGGAAGUCAUCUCCAAGGCCUGGCAGAAUCUCAGGGUCACGGAGCAGCACUUGACCCUCCUGAACGAAAUCCCGCCCAGCUUUCGGGUCCUCACUCUGCAGCACUCGCCGGACAGGACGCAUCUGUACUGCGCUGCUUAUGAGAGACCCAGGCCGGUUCCCGCGGCCAAAGGGAAGUUGCUGCAAGUGGGAGGCUCUUGCCAGGUGACACGGGUGGCCGUGAAUCCAGACACCCUCUCCUGCCUAUUGGCCGGUGCCCAGCGGUGCAGGGAGAUGGCCGAGGUCAGCAAUGAAGACCCGGCUCCCAGCUCAGGCAUGGAAUUGGAAAGUGCGCGCCCAGAAAGGGAAGGACGGUCUCUGCAGCGAUUCAGUGACGUCCUCGCGUCCGUGGAGGAUUACCUGAGGCCGCUGUUCCCAGUGCUCAGAUGCCCGGAGACCAGAACACAGAUUCCCACGGCCGCUGCAGAUUCCCACGGGAAAUCAAAGGGUAAAGACAAGGAAAGGAAACUGGUGUCUCCCCGGUCCACAGUUCAGCUCGACGCUGCAGACAACGUCGUCCUCUUGGUGGACAAGCAUCUCCUGGAGCUGCCGCUGGAAGGUCUUCCCGUGUUCGAGGAGGGGACGGUCUCCGCUCUGUCCCGAGACUUCUCCCUGCAGAUGCUGUGCAACCGCCUCCGUAAGGAGGACACAGCCGAGGGGGCCGUGAGGAAGGAGGGCCGCAGCAGGAAGAGGAGCCCCGCGAAGAAGGGACCGAAGGACGCCCCGCCCCGGCUCCUCCCCCAUGACUGCAUCCUCGUGGACACCGACAACUUCAAGUUCGUCGUGGACCCCUACGAGGAGGCGCGGGGCAUCGAAAAGCUGACUCCUGUCUUCGUCACCCGGGACAUCUUGGAAAGACACCGAGACUCGCUCACUGCGCUCUGGGUGGGGCAUCUGGGAAACAAGCACGUCCCCAGCCAGGCCGAGUGGGAGCAGCUCCUGGGCAGCUGCAGCGGCUUCUUCUUCUACGGGAUGGAGAGCUUUCUGUCCCACAUCCUGGUGGAGCGCUUGGCUGCCAUGAACCUACGAGAGUGCCAGAUGAUGGUCCUGCUGGACCUGAUGCGGUCCUACGAGAGCAUGCAGCGGCAUAUGGAGAACUCCGAGAAGAAGAGUGUGCCCCAGCUGUCCUUGGAGGACCCCAUCAAGACCGCCGUCCUUCUGAGUCUGGUGGGGGUCAGGAGCAUCCUGGCAAACCAGUGGCCGACAUUCCUGCAGGACAACGCGCUGCGGGCCAGCAUCCUGUGGGAAAGCAUGCUAACUGUUGGCCGGCCGAUCGGGAGAGCCGUCCGUCUCCUUCAGAGAAUGGGAGCUGGUGACCCAAGGAACCACGGCGAGCCUCCGUGGGCCUCCAGGGACAAGCAGCUGUCCCCCCCGCCACAGCUCAGCGACUCUGAGCGCCUGCCCGUCGCCCUCAACUUGGUCCUGUACGGGCUGCCGCACCUGGCCAUCGGGUGA